UCUCUCCACUUCAUCAAUGGCAAGUUGCCAGAGUAUGACAUUACAACAUUACUCAAUUAAAUAAAUACAACUGGCCAAGGUUCCAUAACUCUUCAUUACUUCAUAUCAUUCAUUAUUCAUAAGCUUCUGAAUUCCUUCCCCUUCAGCUUCAUGCAUAGCUUUUUAUUUCUAAGGGGAAGCUUGUCAUUUGACUCUUACUUUAUCUGGUUCACUAUUUGAUUUGCUGGCACCCCUCUGCUUCACAGGAGCUGAGAAAAUGGGAGGAAGUGUUUUGUUCUCUGUGUAGAAUUUGGCAGAGAAAUAUUACACUUUUUAGUCUUUAAUAAUGCCAGUUCCACUUGCCCCCUACCCUACUCCACCAGCUCCAUACACACCACCAACAAACGAAAAACACAAUUUCACUUUCCUGUUAGCUAAAGGGAGAAAUGGUGGACUAUAUAUGAAGAUAUUCUCAGUGAAAUUUCUCUGCGACUCUGAUUUGGGUGGAAUGUGUGGAUUUGAGAUAGCUGGUGCACAGAGUCAACUUGUGUGUUCUGGGUGUAGAAACCUUCUAGUCUAUCCAGUUGGAGCCACCUCUGUGUGCUGUGCAGUUUGCAAUGCAGUCACAUCAGUGCCACCUCCUGGCACAGAAAUGGCCCAGUUAGUUUGUGGAGGUUGCCACACUUUACUCAUGUACAUCCGGGGAGCUACAAGUGUGCAAUGCUCUUGUUGCCACACGGUCAAUCUAGCUUUGGAAGCAAAUCAGGUAGCACAUGUCAAUUGUGGGAACUGCAGAAUGCUCCUCAUGUACCAAUAUGGAGCAAGAUCCGUAAAAUGUGCAGUUUGCAAUUUUGUAACCUCAGUUGGGACCUCAGCAAGCACCACUGAACAGAAGUUCAGUACCUAAAACAUACUACAUAGCAAGAUCAUUACAGACUCUACAACCUUGAUUUUGCUAGUUACCAUAUGUUCCUUAAGGAAUAAGGAGUGCAAAUCAGAUUGGAGAGGAAUGAAUCUCUCUUCACAUGUAUAGAGUUACUUUUUUCCCCUUGCGUGAUUGUAUUAAAUAUUUUGUUAGAUUGGGUGUUUGAAUAACAUUUUAUGAUGAUAAGAUUCCUGAUUGAGUGCUAUGAAAAUCCACAUUUAUGAGUAA